AGAUAAACAACUACCUACCUAUGUACCUACCUACCUUACGUACCUGACUCUCUCCCUCUCUCCCUCUCUUUCUCGAUGCACCUUCCAUUUGUGUCCUGUGCCAUAUUUAAAUUCGUCGAGUUAUCUGCCAUUCAACAUUGAAUUGUAUUUGCUCCUACCAGACAAACACAGCAAUGGCUACCCAAGGUGGACAAGAUAGCGUGCCUCUCCCCGCUGCGCCACCCCAACAACAUUCAACAUCUUCCAAACUUCCCUCCGAACUUCCCGCCAUCGCGUCAUUGCCUAGCCUAGACGAUGCCUCACUGAUCGGGACACUGGACCUUUUAUUCGAAGCCUCGCCCGACCUGCAUGCCCUCGCUGUCCCCGUCGCCCGGUCAAUGACAUUCGCCUCCUAUGCGGACCUCAUCGAGGCCAUUCGGGCCACUCUACUUUCUGUCCAAGCGACUGUGCACGCCGACCCCGUUGCCCGAAAGCCAUUGCUUGGCAUUCUGGCCGCCCACCCUCGCCUGGGAGAAAGGAAGCAAGCCGUUAGCGACCAGAGCAAGGCUGAGCAAGCUAGCCUUCAAGGAGAAACUGAGAAGCUGGCCGCACUGAAUGCCGAGUACGAAGCUAAAUUUCCCGGCAUGCGGUACGUUGUGUUCGUCAAUGGGCGUAGCAGGGAUGUUAUUAUGCAAAACAUGCGGGAAAGGAUUGAUAGGGGGGAUGUAAACGCCGAGGAGCAAGAUGCGAUUAACGCAAUGUGUGACAUCGCAAAAGAUAGAGCACUAAAAUUAAUUUAAGAUAUUAUAUUAUAGGUUAAACUAAAUAGGGCAAUAUAGCAGAGGGGAAAUUGAGUAUAUUAAUCCAUAAGGAAGAGGAAUUCUUUUCCUCUCAUCCUUAGCUAGGUGCCGCUUUAUAUAAGGGGAAAUGAGGCUCAGAUGGCUGCAGAGGGAGGGACAAUUGGUCUACGCACCUAGUCUCGGUGCUCAGGCUAGACCCCCCUGCGUUGCAGGGUGGACCGGGC